AUGUUGGCGGUCUUCAUCGCCCUCACGGCCGUUCUCCUGUGGCCGAUCGGCGGCCACUCUUCAUUAAUUCAGCCGUUCGGUGACUGCGCUCAGAGCCGCGGUUCGGGCGCAGCGUACCGGGGCGCGAUCGACGUCACCGAGUCCGGCGCACGGUGCAUGAACUGGAGUGAGGUGGGCGGCUUCACCGAGCGUCACCCGGGAAAAGACGUCGGAGAGCACAAUCAGUGUAGGAAUCCUGACGGUAGAAUCCGAGCCUGGUGCUUCUUCCGCAACAAGAAAGGCAGAGUUGACUGGGGCUAUUGCGAUUGUAAACAAGGUUCAGUACGUCUGCAAGGGGGCCGCUCUAAACUGGAUGGCAGGGUGGAGGUCUACCUGGGAGGAGUGUGGGGGUCCAUUUGCAGUGACAACUGGCAGAAUGAAGACGCUUCAGUUGUCUGCAGGCAGUUGGGUACGGGCCUCUCAGGCCGUGCUCAUUCGCUCCCUCUGUCUGGUCCGAGCAUGGCAAAGCUCCACUGGAGAUCUGUCCACUGCCAGGGAGAUGAACCUGAUCUGCUCCAGUGUCCCAAAACCAUUUGGAAUGGAGACGAGUGCUCUCUGGCUGCAGCUGUGACUUGCACUAAGCAGUAUGAUGCGGUGAUGGUGCCUAUACGGCUGGUAGGAGGUCACUCUAUGUCUGAGGGUACAGUUGAGGUGUUCCAUGCGGGCCAGUGGGGCUCCAUAUGUGAUGACCAAUGGGACGACAGUGAUGCAGAGGUGGUAUGUCGACAACUGGGGCUAAGUGGUGUUGCACGGGCAUGGGGUCAGGCACAUUAUGGAAAGAGCUCCGGUCGUGUGUGGCUGGAUGAGGUGAGAUGCACAGGAAAUGAACUCACUGUGGAACAAUGUUCGAAAAGUGCUUGGGGAGAACACAACUGCCUCCAUUCCGAGGAUGCUGGCGUCUCUUGUAGCCCUCUGAAAGAUGGCAGUGUUAGGUUAGUGGGUGGGACUGGAGGCUACGAGGGACGCUUAGAAGUCUUCUACCACGGGCAGUGGGGAACAGUGUGUGAUGAUGGUUGGACAGACUCAAACACUCAAGUAGUGUGCCGCCAACUAGGUUACAGGUUAGGCCAAACACUAGUCCCUGAAGGACUAGACAUCACGCCAGUUCCACGUUUUGGGGUUGCAUCUGGUCCAAUUCUUUUGGAUGACGUGAGCUGCACAGGCAAGGAGCCCAGUCUAUUGCUGUGCAAGCGGGAGGAGUGGCUCCGUCAUGACUGCACACACCAUGAAGAUGUAAACAUCGCGUGCAAUGCAGAGCGUCUUGGAGACGGACUUCCGACUAGUGUUCCAGUGAGGCUCAUGGGAGGAGAAAGCCCCAGAGAGGGGCGGGUAGAAAUCUACCUGUCUGGUCAGUGGGGGACGGUGUGUGAUGAUGGAUGGACUGAUCGAGAUGCUGAAGUUGUGUGUCGACAGAUGGGAUACAGGGGGCAGGCGAAGGCCCGUGUGAUGGCGUAUUUUGGCGAGGGGACCGGACCCAUUCACGUAGACAACGUGAAGUGCAGCGGUGACGAACGUUCCAUCUCUGACUGCAUUAAGCAGGCAACCGGCACGCACAACUGUCGCCAUAGCGAGGACGCCGGCGUAAUAUGUGACUACGGUGAACCUCAGCUCGGCCACAAAGAUGUUAAAGCUCCUGUCAAUCAGAUUUGCGGGCUCAGGCUCAUUCACACUCGGCAGCGUCGAAUCAUCGGAGGGGAGAACUCACUGAGGAGUGGCUGGCCGUGGCAGGCUGCAAUACGUUUACGCGGGUCUCGUGGAGAUGGGAGGCUGGUGUGUGGAGCGACUUUAAUUGACACCUGCUGGGUCCUCACAUCGGCGCACUGUUUUAAGAAGUACGGAAACAGCACCAAGCAGUACAAAGUCAGAGUGGGUGACUAUCACUCCCUUGUCCCUGAGGAGUACGAGGAGGAGUACGGUGUCGAUCAGAUUGUCCUCCAUCCAAGUUACCACUCCCACAGCAACGAUUACGACCUGGCCUUGGUUCGGUUGUCACCGGGAGCUCUGGGGCACACACCGGGAGAGUGCGUGUCAUUCAACCGUCACGUCCUUCCUGCCUGUCUGCCCCUGAGGAAGGAGAGAGCACUCAAACAAGCCAGCAACUGUCACAUCACCGGCUGGGGUGAUACAGGUCGUUCGUACUCCAAGACCCUCCAGCAGGCCCCGCUCUCCAUACUCCCUCGCCGCCAAUGCCAGCAGUAUUUCCACGGAGCUUUCACCAGUCGCAUGCUGUGUGCUGGCAGCGUGCAGCAAGAAAAGCGCGUUGACAGUUGCCGCGGCGACAGUGGAGGGCCUCUGGUGUGCGAGCGCCUCGGAGGGUCCUGGGUGGUUUACGGGGUCACGUCGUGGGGUCACGCCUGCCGGACGCAGCAGUCACCUGGCGUCUAUACUAAAGUGUCAGUCUUCAGCUCUUGGAUACACAAAGUGAUGGCACAUAAUGAGGGAAAACAUAGAAGCCGAUAA